CACACGYCGCACCAACGCGUCCGGUUCGAAGCAGCAWUCGCAUCCAUUGGCAGCGAUUCGGCAGCUGUGUACGAUACCUUCGRAAAGCAUGGCGAAUACMUUGUUGAUGGCAGCACRCACACCGGCACUCCUCUUGCUCCUCCUCUUCCUAUCKGGGCCCCCGUUCUUUGCYACCGACACACGGGGCCGGCAUCGAUCGGCAUGGGCUCUGGACAGCCGGCGCUGGAGCCUUCGGUCGCGGGUCGGAAGAGGAAGCAGUCACUGGGGAUGUGGGCGGCAUGUCCAGUCCAACACAAUACCGACAGAGACAAAACGAAGGAGAAAAACAAGCCUUCCAUCGAAACGAGAUCUGUUCGGAAGCAGCGACGGUGGUGGCGACGAAGCGGUCGGAUUCCGCAAUCCAUCGAAACACGACAAAGGCGAUCCCGCGAAACGGCGAGGGGGCGCGGAUCCGCACUCCGGGGUGCCAGCAGAAGCAAGGCGACGGARGCUGGUGCUGAGCUCGGCGGCUGCUCUCCUGACGACCCUGGCGUCCUCCUGGUCCGGCGGGGGGAAACCCCCGUCGGCCGGGGCGUCCUCCCUCGCCGUUCUGGAGGAAUCCGAGAACCGCCGCAUCGAGGUCUUUGAGAGAAACGCACCAUCGGUCGUCUUCAUCGACACCUUUUCGGUGAAACAGGACGCCUUUUCCCCGAACAUCAUGGAGGUUCCGCUGGGCACGGGCUCCGGCUUUGUCUGGGACAAGGACGGGCACAUCGUCACCAACUACCACGUCGUUCGGAACGCCAAGUUCGCGCAGGUCGCCCUCAUCACUCCCAGGGGCCGCAAGGACAAGAAGCUACCGGGGUCUGCCAUAUCCUCUCCCUCCCUGGCGUCCUCGUCAACCGGCGACAGCUCGGAGAUCGACGUCUUCGGGACCACGAACGGGGGCCUGUCGAGAACCUCCAACACCAACAAGGUGUCGUCGGACGAAUACAAACGAACCGUCUUCAAAGCCAAGGUGGUGGGAGUGGACCCCGGGAAGGACAUUGCCGUGCUGAAAAUCGAUGCGCCGGAGGACAUUCUGUAUCCCAUCCAACAGGGAAAGAGUUCUACGCUGAAGGUCGGCCAGCUGGGCAUGGCCAUCGGAAAUCCCUUCGGACUCGACCACACCCUCACGGCGGGCGUCAUCAGCGGGCUCGGGAGGGAAGUCAAGAGUCCCAUCGGCCGACCCAUUACCAACGUGAUCCAGACCGAUGCCGCGAUCAACCCCGGGAAUUCGGGGGGGGUCCUCCUGGAUUCCAGGGGGAUGCUCAUCGGAAUGAACACCGCCAUUUACUCACCGUCCGGAGCUUCGGCGGGAAUCGGGUUCGCGAUACCCAUUGACACCAUCAAAUACAUGUAAGUGAUCGUGAAUUUCGUGCCACCGGCGUGCACCUUGGCCUGCUUGGGUCGCGGGCGUGUGCUCCGUGGUGCCUUGCGAGCGCUUCUCUUCGCUCACCGAUCCCAUUUGCUGCGUUUCUUCUGCUCCACGGCACGGGCACUAUCGCUGCGCUAUGACGCAACACUCAAUCACCAGCGUGACGACACUCAUUCGCGACGGCAAGGUCGUUCGACCGAUUCUGGGCAUUGGAUUUCUGGAGUCCAAACAGGCCCGGGCCCUGGGCAUCGGGCGCGGUGUCUUGGUCCUCGACGUGCCCGCCGGAAGUCCGCCUGMCAGGGCGGGUUUGAAGGGGACCAAGCGCACCGAAACGGGCCUCGUGGAGAUCGGGGACAUCAUCGUCAAAGUCGGGGACACGGUCAUAGAGACGGAGGCGAACCUGUUCCAGUCUCUGGAAAACUACAAACCGGGUGAUACCGUAGACGUGAAGGUCCUGCGCAUAGACGCCGUGGACGACCAACUGAAACAAAGGGAGCUAACGCUGCAGAUCGAACUCCAGUCGAGCGAGGUCUUGGAACGAACACGCUUCGAAAUGAGGCCGGCAGACCAUCCAUAAAAUUUUCUACCAUUUUGAUUGAAGUAGUCGCUAAGCAUUUUCUACUCAAUACGAAUACAAUUUUUUCCGACUU